CUAGUCACUGCUGCUCUAAUCAAACCGCGCUCUACUCAUUUUCACUCUCUCCCAUUCUCAUUUCUCGCACCUUCUAUAAACACCCUCUCUAGACUCUUUCUCUCUCUCCUACCUUAACUUCAUCGCCAUUGUUGCACCUUCUUCUUCUUCCUCUGCAACUGAUCUAGCUCGCCAACAACAAUGGCGUUGGCGUUCGAUGAAUAUGGACGCCCCUUCAUUAUACUUCGUGAGCAAGAAUCCAUGACUCGUUUGCGAGGUUUAGAGGCUCAAAAGGCUAACAUUUCCGCUGGUAAAGCCGUCGCUCGUAUCCUUCGUUCUUCUCUUGGCCCUAAAGGCAUGGACAAGAUGCUCCAAUCUCCCGACGGUGACAUCACUAUCACAAAUGAUGGUGCCACUAUCCUGGAUCAGAUGGAUGUUGACAACCAAAUUGCAAAAUUGAUGGUUGAAUUGUCUCGUAGUCAGGAUUAUGAAAUUGGCGAUGGUACGACUGGAGUAGUUGUCAUGGCUGGUUCCCUUCUGGAGCAGGCUGAAAACCUCUUAGACCGUGGCAUUCAUCCUAUUAGAAUAGCAGAAGGAUAUGAAGUAGCUUCACGGAUGGCCGUUGAACAUUUGGAGAAGAUCGCACAUAAGUUUGAAUUUGGAGAAGCAAAUGUAGAGCCUUUGAUCCAGACAUGCAUGACUACUUUGUCAUCUAAGAUUGUAAAUCGUUGUAAGCGCACUUUAGCUGAGAUUGCGGUUAAAGCGGUUCUGGCUGUUGCAGACUUGGAACGGAAGGAUGUUAAUCUUGAUUUAAUUAAAGUGGAGGGCAAAGUGGGAGGAAGACUGGAAGAUACUGAACUCAUCUAUGGAAUUGUUGUUGACAAGGACAUGAGCCACCCCCAGAUGCCAAAGAAAAUUGAAGAUGCUAACAUAGCUAUAUUAACAUGCCCCUUUGAGCCACCUAAGCCAAAAACCAAACAUAAGGUUGAGAUUGACACUGUGGAGAAGUUUGAGACUUUGCGUAAACAAGAGCAACAAUACUUUGAUGACAUGGUUAAACAGUGUAAGGAUGUUGGUGCAACCUUGGUUAUUUGCCAGUGGGGAUUUGAUGAUGAGGCAAAUCAUCUGCUAAUGCAUAGGAAUUUGCCUGCUGUUAGAUGGGUUGGUGGUGUUGAGUUGGAGUUGAUUGCAAUUGCCACAGGUGGGAGAAUUGUUCCAAGGUUCCAAGAACUGACUCCUGAAAAGCUGGGACGGGCUGGGUUGGUUCGUGAGAAAGCUUUUGGUACAACAAAAGAUCGAAUGCUUUACAUUGAACAUUGUGCCAAUUCCAGGGCUGUUACCAUAUUUAUUCGUGGUGGUAACAAAAUGAUGAUUGAAGAGACAAAAAGGAGCAUCCACGAUGCACUUUGCGUUGCAAGAAAUCUUAUCCGCAACAAUUCUAUUGUUUAUGGUGGUGGCUCUGCUGAAAUUGCUUGCUCUCUUGCUGUAGAGGCAGGUGCUGAUCGAUUCCCUGGAGUUGAGCAGUAUGCCAUCAGGGCCUUUGCUGAAGCUCUGGAUGCCAUUCCCAUGGCACUUGCGGAGAACAGUGGUCUUCAGCCUAUUGAAACACUGUCUGCAGUGAAACACCAGCAAGUUAAGGAGAACAACACUUGCUGUGGCAUAGAUUGUAGUGAUGUCGGCACAAACGAUAUGCGUGAGCAGUUUGUAUUCGAGACUUUGAUCGGCAAGCAGCAGCAAAUAUUGCUCGCCACCCAGGUUGUGAAGAUGAUUCUGAAGAUAGACGAUGUCAUCACCCCAUCAGAAUUUUGAUAGAUUGUUCUUUUAGGAUUAUGUCGUGCAAGCCCCUCUCCUAUUAACCGAGAGCAGAUGCCAUUUAGUUGGGUCUUUGCAUUUGUGGUGUGAAUUGAAACUUUGUUUCCCCUAAAUUUUGCAACGGUGAAGCUUUUUACUGAGGCUGCACAGUUUGACUGUUCUUUCUGAUUAAUAUAGAUGUUUGAUUUUGUGGUCU